AUGAAGCAACAGCAGCUGAUAUUUAUAUCGACCCCUCCGGGUGAUGGACCUGUAUCAGAUUCGGACGCGGGCGACGAAAGAAACGUAAGUUUUGAAAAUUUAUCACGUCGUCAACUUUUGGCACCUGUUGAACUGACACUACAUGGAAAAAAUGUCAGUGACGGCAGCGAGUCUGAAGAAGAAGCUUUAGGCCCAAUUACGUCACGUACUGUGACUGACUCACAGUCUUUAUCAAAUCGUAGACGGAGCCGGUCAUUGAUAGAUAAUCCUCCUUUUCCACCUCCACCGCCACCUCAAUCGCCUGAGGUAGUCCGAAAAUGGGGAAAACGAGACUUAUCCCAACUUCAUGAUGAGUGGAUUGCACCAUUACCUGGAUCAGUAAUUACCUUAUCCGAAACUUCAGAACCAGUUGAUUUCUUUGAAUUGUUUUUUAGUCACGAAGUUAUCAUGCACAUUGUUCGUCACUCUGUUAUUUAUGCAGUUCAAAAAAAGAAACCCAUGGUUUUACCCUCUCUGAUAAUGACAUUUAUUGUUUCAUCGGCAUUUUGA